UGCGGCGGGACCUGGGCCGGGAGGCCUGAGUGCAGCUCAGGGUCCCGGGGCUUCGGCGACCGCAGCCUCUCCUCCCCCACCGGGUGCCCCCAGCCUCGGAAAAGAGAAAACGGCGUCCGGAGACGGCCGGGACCGGGCAGCCCCCGUCCCCAGCCUGGAGGCCGGUCGUUGACCGCUUUGCACCCCUAACGUAGAAGCGGACCCAUUGCGCUUGAAAUAAUGAAAUAAUGUACGACUUUUUAAACACAUUUGCUGAUUAGGAUAUUUGAGCGGUUCGGGUGACAAGGACUAGUCAAGUAUGACUGAACUGCCUGGGAGUUAUAUUCCCAGGGUAUAAGGAACCUGAAUAGAAAUACCGGCACUCUACGGAGUGGUGUCUCUCCUGCGUCAUGUCCCAGCCCUUGACUUGGGCUCCCUGGGCCCUAGGAUUUCUACAGGCCUAUAUUUACCUAAGUCUCCUGUUAUCGAGGCGGAGAGCGUUCGUAGGUUGACUUUUCAUUCCUUGCGAAAGUUUAACUCGCGUUCAUUCUGUCUUGCCUUUGUUUUUGUCUCAGCAUCUGCACUCUUAAUCUCUCUCCUCCCCGCCUCCGUGGCAGAUGUGCAAAAUACAGAAAAAGGAGGAAAAAAAAAAAAAAGGCCUUCUAACGUCCUUAACUUUGGAUCCCACUCGCGCGGGGCCUUUUUCAGGGCUUCCGCUGAGCGGAAGCGUCCGGUGCCUGGUGAUGGUGGCCCCCGAGCGGGGUACUUUUUAUGAACUGGCAUCAUCAGCCAGUGUGCUGCUCUGCUUGCCCAGCGGGAGAAAACUGUUUGGAGAUUAUGGAUGCUCAGCCCGAACCUGGACCCCUCAGUGAGAGUUCAGAACUUUUCUCCUUUGGAGUUAUAGCAGAUAUUCAAUAUGCUGAUUUGGAAGAUGGCUAUAAUUUCCAAGGAAGCAGACGGAGAUACUACAGACACAGUCUUCUUCACUUACAGGCUGCUAUUGAACACUGGAAUAAAGAAAGCAGCCCACCCAGUUGUGUACUUCAGCUCGGAGACAUCAUCGAUGGCUAUAAUGCACAGUAUCAAGCAUCAGAAAAGUCACUAGAACUCAUCAUGAGCACAUUCCAAAGGCUGACAGUCCCAGUCCAUCACACGUGGGGAAAUCAUGAAUUCUAUAACUUCAGCAGAGACUAUUUAACCAACUCCAAACUCAACACAAAGUUUCUGGAGGACCGCAUUGCCCAUCAUCCUGAGACUGUGCCUUCAGAGAAGUACUAUGCUUAUCAUUUUGUACCGUUCCCUAAAUUCCGGUUCAUUUUACUCGAUGCUUAUGACAUGAGUGUCUUGGGCGUGGAUCAGUCGUCUCCAAAAUACCAGCAGUGUCUGAAGAUGCUGAGGGAGCACAAUCCAAAUACGGAAUUGAACAGCCCUCAAGGACUUGCUGAGCCCCAGUUUGUCCAGUUUAAUGGAGGAUUCAGCCAAGAACAGCUGAACUGGCUGAAUGAAGUUCUUACAUUCUCUGACAGAAACCAAGAAAAGGUGGUGAUUGUGAGCCAUCUUCCCAUUUAUCCCGAGGCCUCUGACAGUGUGUGCCUGGCCUGGAAUUACAGAGACGCCCUGGCAGUCAUUUGGUCUCACAAGUGCGUGGUGUGUUUCUUCGCCGGUCACACCCACGAUGGUGGCUACUCUGAGGAUCCUUUUGGUGUGCACCACGUCAACAUAGAAGGGGUUAUUGAAACGGCCCCAGACAGCCAGGCUUUUGGCACAGUGCAUGUCUGUCCUGACAAAAUGAUGCUGAAAGGGAGGGGCAGAGUUCCAGACAGAAUUCUGAAUUACAAGAAGGAAAAAGCUUUCCAUUUUUAGUGUGAUUUUAUUUGUUUACUUUUAUAGAAAGAGACUGACUUGGCUUUGUGGUUUUGUUCCGCCUUCCUCUCCCGACAUCCUGAGUCUCAUUAGUUAGUAUUCUGUUUGCAUAACAAAUAGCCAUAACUGACUUCAAUGUGUGUUAGCUCAUAAGAUAUUCUGAAAUGUCAUUUUUGGAUAAUAUAUCCCGUGUUGAAAAUUGGAAAGGAAAUGAAUGAAAGUAGCAUGAAUAAACCAGGGAGGAGACUGAGGUGGUGGUGGGG